UGAGAAUUUGAAAAUCAAGGUGGAAUAAAGUCGAAGAGUUUAGUUUUGGUCAAGGUGUCCUUCUCUGUUUGCCCCAGUACUAUUAAUAAAAGCAGUGUUCUUGACACAUACUGGUGACCUGGGGGAAUGAAAAUGAAAGCUUUGACUAUGAAAAUGUCAGGACUUCAGUGACUCUGGACUACUGUUACUGAAAUGAUACUACAGAAGGCAGCAAUUACAUUGCAUUUGUUGAAGGAAACCCUAAUAUUUACUUUCAGGCAAGUGGGUAAAGCCCCCUAACCGCAGUUUACAUGUGUAGAUCACUGCGUUACUGUGUUAGUCAUUGUCUCUAUGCAGCAAUGACAAGGCUAGAAGAAGCAAACAAAGAAGUAAACAUGCACUCAUCAGUCAGGUACCUUGGCUAUCUUGCCAGAUUCAACCUUCUGGUGGCCAUUUGCAUGGGCCUUUAUGUCAGAUGGGAAAAAACUGCAGAUGCACUGAUUUUGGUAAUAUUUAUUCUGGGACUCUUUGUUCUUGGAAUUGCCAGCAUACUGUACUACUAUUUUUCAAUGGAAAAAGCAAGUCUGAGUCUCUCCAAUCUUUGGUUUGGUUUUUUGCUUGGCCUUCUCUGUUUUCUUAAUAAUUCUGCCUUCAAAACAGAUGCGAAAGAAGAAGCUACUAAAUAUUUGCUCCUCUCCGCCAUUGUUUUAAGGAUAUUAUGUGCUUUGGUUGAGAGGAUUUGUGGUUGUAUCCAUCAUCGACCAACUUUGCUGACCACAGUUGAAUUUUUGGAGCUGGUUGGAUUUGCAAUUGCCAGCACAACUAUGCUGGUAGAAAAAUCUAUGAGCAUUAUUCUAUUGGUUAUAGCUUUGGCUGCGCUAAUAAUUGAGUUACGUAUGAAGACUUUUUUGGCAAUACCAAAUCUGGUCUUUUUUGGAGCCAUUGCAUCCCUAGUGUUUUUUCCAUCGCUGCGAAUCCCCACAAAUCCAUUUGCCUUGGCCUGUUUCUUCAGCUGUCUGAUUUCUGAUCCCCUUCUCGAUGUUUACUUCAGUGGACUUUCAGUUACUGAGCGAUGGAAGCCCUACUUGUUUCGUGGUAAAUUUUGCAGAAGACUUUCUGUCAUCUUAGUUGGAGUCAUCGAACUAAUCUUUUUCAGUCUUGCAGCCUUUAAACUGCGUGAUUUGGAUCUCUGGUAUUUUGUGAUACCUGGCUUUUCUAUUUUUGGCAUUUUCUGGAUGAUCUGUCAUGUGAUCUUUUUUAUAACUCUCUGGGGAUUUCACACAAAACUCAACGACUGUCACAAGGUGUACUAUACCCACCGAGCCGAAGACAACAGCCUUGACAGAGUGAUGGCAUCUAAAGGAAUGCGUCACUUCUGUUUAAUUUCAGAACAGCUGGUAUUUUUUAGCCUUGUCGCGACAGCCGUUUUGGGGGCCGUUUCUUGGCAGCCAACCAAUGGGAUCUUCAUGAGUGCAUUUCUCAUUGUUCUGCCUCUGGAGUCCAUGGCUCAUGGGCUUUUCCAUGAGCUGGGCAACUGCUUGGGAGGAACGUGUGUUGGAUAUGCCGUUGUGAUUCCCACCAAUUUUUGCAGCCCUGAUGGUCAACCAACUCUUCUUCCACCUGAGCAUGUGCAAGAGUUGAAUCUGAGGUCUACUGGUAUGCUUAAUGCCAUCCAAAGAUUUUUUGCAUAUCACAUGAUUGAGACAUAUGGUUGUGACUACUCUACAAGCGGACUGACCUUUGAUACUCUCCACUCCAAGGUCAAGUCUUUUCUUGAGCUUCGGACAGCAGAUGGACCCAGACAUGACACCUACGUUUUAUAUUACAGUGGUCACUCACACAGCACAGGCGAAUGGGCGCUGGCAGGGGGUGACGCUUUGCGACUUGACACACUGUUGGAGUGGUGGAGAGAAAAGAAUGGCACUUUUUGUUCUCGACUCAUCAUCAUUUUAGACUGUGAGAACGCUCAGCCUUGGGUUAAAGAAGUAAGGAAAAUAAAUGACCAAUAUGUUGCCGUGCAAGGAGCAGAAAUGGCCAGAGUUAUAGACAUCGAGGAAGCAGACCCUCCGCAGCUCGGGGACUUCACCAGGCAGUGGGUUGAGUAUAACUGUAACCCAAACAGCAAGAUCAGCUGGUCUGAGAAGGGCCGUACGGUGAAAGCGGUGUAUGGCGUGUCAAAGCACUGGAGCGACUACACCUUGCAUCUGCCAACGGGAAGCGAUGUUGCCAAACACUGGAUGAUAUACUUCCCACGCAUCACCUACCCAUUAGUACACCUGGCAAACUGGUUUUGUGGUCUCCAUCUGUUCGGGGUCUGUAAGGCGUGCUUUAGGUGUUUGAAAAGACUGAAAAUGAGUUGGUUUCUCCCCACGGUGCUGGACACAGGACAAGGUUUCAAACUUGUGAAAUCCUAAUUAGCAACCAAAGAGAAAAUUAAGUGAGAGCUCUGGGAACAUUCUCAUUGUACUGUACUUGCAACUUUUUAUAUGACUGCUUUUCUCAGAAAAAGUCUACUACACUCACUUCGUUCAGCUCUUCGAGUAGCUAUAGUAUAUGCAACAGUUAGAAACUGCCAUCUUAAAACAGAAAAAGGUAGUAUUGUGAUACCUGAGGUUUGCUGCUGGGCUUAUUUCAUAUGACUCUGCUUUUUUGAGACAGUUCAUGUGUUCAUAUGCAUUAUAUAAAGCAGCCUUUAAGAGCCACUUGAUGGACAGCAGCUCCUAUCAAUGUUACAGCUUGCUUAUUUGUCAUUUAUAUCCACUCUAAGGUUCAAAUACAGCAAAGGAACCAAACCACUACUCAAAUCAGUUUAUGCAUUCUUGAAAUUACAUGGUAGAGGUCAAGAGUAUUGUAAAACAGCACUGAACCAAAACAAUAGAAGAAGGAAUAGGUAUUGUAAGUAGGUAACUACUAAGAAUCUUUAGUUCUGUUUUCAUUAACAUCUUCAGCCCCUGCCUCAGUUCUCUACUGUCAUCAGUUGCCACAGAAAGCAAGGAAAUCAGACAACUCACUCAUGUUCUGAGACAAUGUUUGCUGAAGUGCACUUUCAAAAUGCAGUAUCUCACUGGUGAUCCUGUGUUUGGGUUUGGGUUUUUUUUUCCUUAGUUGAUUCAUAUAUGACAUAAAAAGUGCACUAGGAGUGUUUUCUUCACCUUUUACAGUAGCUUGUGUUUUUUCCAAGCUCUUACUAGUUUGUGUUUUGGAAGUCUUCCCUGAAGGGAAAAAAAGAACCAAACAACAAAACCUAAGGAAUUUUAGAAAACAGUCCAUAGAUAAAAAGUGGAAAUACAAGAGUUGCCUUGCUUCCAUCUUUAUAUGAAGUCUUUGCUGUGCCUAACACCUUUCUGUGAAAUGCUAAGUACAGGGUUGGACUGAUAACUUCAUUAUCUAUUAAAUCCACAAGCAAAGUUUAUCAGAAAGAAUGGAUCAUUCUCUUAGGCGAGGAGAGAAUUCUGUGUUCCUCAACUCUGUUCUCCCAGACACAAGGUCCUCAUCUUAAUCUUUACAUGUACAGAGCUGGAUGGUACUAUAGAAAUCCUUGCACAGGCCUUCCUCUUUAGUCAGAUUUCUUUUUUUUCAAGUACAGAAAAUAAGAUAGGAAACAACUAACAUCUAGACCAUUACAAUUUGUUGUGGGAUUUUGGCAUAGGCAUGUGCAAUUCAGUAGGUCUGGGGUUUACAUCUUUCUGUUUCCAUUAGUACUUAAAUUAAAAUGUUAGGUAUUAGCUGAUAUUUGCCUAAAAUAUAAUAAUUAUUUUUAAAGAUAAAUACUUUAAAAUACUUAGGAGUGCUUUAAGUCUUUGCCACCAAGGGGGUUUCUAAUUGUAUCUGAACUUUUUAGCCAGCUAAGUUAGAGAAUCUUCUAACCCUGAUAACGGUUAGCAACUCCUGGGAUUAACACAUGAGAUCUGCAAUAACCAGAGUAAUUUGCACCCACCAACUUCAAAGUGGUGAUUUUGUGGGUCUUACAAGUGACAGCCGCUACAUUUCUUCAUUAUUACGUGUUACAUAACUUUGGUUACCAAAAACACCACCCACCACCCUGCUUUGCCUUUCUUCCAUAAAGUGAGGAUGAAGAAAUGAGAGAUGAGGAAGGGUGUCCUACCAGGAGUCAGUUCCAUUGGGUCUUCUCUAAGUGCGUGCCAUGAUGGAAUCUCUCUGGAAGAUUAAAGAGGUGGCUGUAAGGAUAGAGGAUAGUCACUUAAAAUUCUAACAUAAACACUCCUGAUCUAGGAGUCACCUCAUUUAAAUGCAUAUCUGCAGGCUAGCAGCCUGAAGUGCUCCACUGCUCAUUAAUGAAGAGACUAAUCUGACCUCUAGUUUAGGAUGUUUGUGAUGGUGCCGAUUAAAUUUGGUUUGGGUUUUUUUUUUUCAUAUGCCAAAGGUCAAGCAGACAAAUCCCUUAUGUCUGUUGAAUAGCAUUAGAGCACAUCUGUUCCAAGUCAUUCUCGGGAGCCUGAGUUCCAGAGUUCCUCAUUCAAGCACAUAAAUCGGAUACUUGGCAGUCAGGCUGAACAAGCAUCCAUCAGGUUGCGAAGAGCAGCACUGCUUUCUAUGGGAAAUCAUUCUCAGUUAUUUCUGGUCAACAGCCCUUGAGUAUAGAGAAAAAGCCAUUGCCAUAAAGGCAGUCAUUUAGUUUGUAAAGUCACCCGUAUUUUGACUGCUGUUUCAGUAAAACUUCAUCUGAUUACAUCAUAAACUGCUCCAGCUUGAGCACUGGAAAUUCUUCUAAGAGUCCCUGUGAAGCAACACUGUCAUACAUAAUAGUCACCUGUGGCCAUUUGAAAUUCAGGUAGUCCUUUCUGUUUGGAAAAGCUUCGAAUAUCAACCAUAACACUUCCUGCUAGUUACAAUAGGUACAUCUUACUCUAUACCAUUUUUGUGGAUACAAUCUAUAGCUUUCUUUUUCUCUAUCAAUGCGAAGAGGAAAAGGUGGGACUCCUGACCUGUCCUGGGGCUGUGAGCAGUAUCCACUCUGCAGGGCACUGAUGCGCCUAAUUUUGGGUAGAGCAAAUGCAACAGUUGGUGCUAACCUUUUGCCUCUCUUCGUUAAAUGGUUUCCAGCUCACUUACCAAAGAUUUCCUCAAGGACAGAAUACAUCUUUAUCAGCUUGCUGAAAGACAGAUAAGGAGUCAGCUAAAUAUGCAAUAGAAAGUUUACUUGCAAAUAAAACUAAUCAUGCUUGCAUGCUUGUUUCAUUUUUCUCAAUUAAAGAACUCUGGUUUUCUGAA